CUGGACUGGAGAGGGGGGGAGGCCUGGCUGUAGUGUUAGCGAACUACUGAGGGGAAUGGACAACGUUUAAUGCUAAUCUGCAAGACGGUUGUCGACAAGCUGGAGAAACAUAUCCAAGAAAUGGACGACGGCAGCUACAUCGAGUUCGAUGUGCCGGAGUUCAGUAACACUGUUCUGACCCAGCUCAAUGAGCUGCGGCUGCAAGGGAAGCUGUGUGACAUCAUUGUUCACAUUCAAGGGCAGCCAUUUCGAGCCCACAAGGCUGUGCUGGCAGCUAGUUCACCCUACUUUCGUGACCACUCAGCUCUCAGCACCAUGAGUGGCCUUUCCAUCUCGGUCAUCAAAAGCCCUGAGGUGUUUGAACAGCUUCUUGCAUUCUGCUACACAGGUCACAUGUCCCUGCAGCUCAAGGAUAUUAUCAGUUUCCUCACUGCUGCCAGCUUUCUGCAGAUGCAGGCCAUCAUUGACAAGUGUACCCAAAUCCUGGAGAGCAUCCACUCCAAGAUCAGCCUCCCAGUUAGUGUCUGCAGCCCAGAGAAAGACGACUCGCAGACCAGCCGGAAUGGGGUCAAUGACAGCAACCUCUUUGUAAACCCUACCCAGAUCUCCCCCCCUUACUACUCCCGGCAGAGUCAAACAGGACAUGGCUUGGGCCGGGGGCGGCAGCAACAAGAGGAAGGCCAGUCGGACCGUGGCAGUAGUGAUAGUGUGUCAGAGCAUGAUACUCCCAUGGAGGGAGAGACAGAGCAAGUGGAACUGAUCGGCAAAGAUGGGCAAGUAACAGAUGUGCACGUGAAGAUAGAGAAGACCGACAGGCCCACUUACUCAGAUAGCUCAUCAGCUGGUGAUGAUGGUUACCACACAGAGUUGGUGGAUGGAGAACAGGUAUUGGCUGUUAGUGUGGGUUCUUAUUGCCCUGUCAUCCAGCCUGCUGCCUAUUCUUACUCAGGGCUGUCCUCCCCGUCCUUUGUCAACCUUAGCAGCUCUAGUCCUUCCCGCUCCAUGCUCAGUGGCUACAGAGGUGGGCGAGCCAGGGCGAAGCGCCCCCUGGCCAUUCCAGCAGGGGUGCUGAGUCACGUCAAGCCAGGCUCAGAAGAAAGCGAAUCAGCUGUGGGACCCACAGGGUUGGAGAACGACGUGCGAGAGCGUAGCCUACGGAGCCAGUGGUACCCCUACAAUGAGAGACUCAUUUGCAUCUACUGUGGAAAGACCUUCAAUCAGAAAGGGAGCCUGGACCGCCACAUGCGCCUGCACAUGGGAAUCACUCCAUUUGUUUGCAAAUUCUGUGGCAAGAAGUACACAAGAAAAGACCAGCUGGAGUACCACAUCCGUGGCCACACAGACAACAAGCCCUUCCACUGUCAGAUCUGUGGCAAAUGCUUCCCAUUUCAGGGCACCCUUAACCAGCACCUGAGGAAGAAGCACAUGGGAGCAACAGAGGGCAGCAACCACAUGGACUCUCCAGAGAGGACGGAGGGAAGCUCAGGUCAGAAGGACCAAGUGGAUACGUCUGAGGGGAUGGCUUUCGAGGCGCAAUAUGCAGAAGAGGCACCAGCCAAUGAUAUGGAGGAAAGUUCAAAAUGCAGUCCAGAGGAGGCUCAAGCAUCAAGAUGUGAUUUUUAGGUCCAGGUUAAGGAAGCUUUAAAAGAAAAAAAAAAGUUUAUUUCAACACACGUUAAAGGACUUUUUUUCUUUUUGAAUCAGCUCCCUCUACUAUGGACAUUUCUUGCAUCAAGGGUUUCUGUCAAUUUUGUGAAAGUUAGUUAUUGAAUGCAGAGAGCAAAUGGGUGCUUUAUAGAAAUAUGAUUCUUUCAAGCAAAGGGAGUCACAAUUUACUAUUUUUGAGGUGGUCAGAAUAAUCAAGACCCCCUAAUUGAUUUCUCUUUUUAUCUUUCAAUGUUUUUUAAAACAUAUUUACAGAGUUAUAUAGGCAUGUUGCAAUAAUUGAUAAUGUGAAAGCUCUAGUAAGAUGCUUGUCAUAUCACCUUUUUACCUGACCUGUUUUUGCACAUGUGGCCACAGGAGGUCACUUACUCACAAGGAAUGAUUUUUCUGCCAGUGCAAAGCUUCGUGUGACAUAUCCGUUCAAUACCUCAUGAUGCAACUACAUAUUCAUAACAGACAGUAUUUUAACUUAAAUGAAACUCACCAGGUUCUACCUCAUAGCCAAGAACCUACCAGGCACAGAUGUGUUCACCGUUUGGAAUCCGUUUUAGGUUAUAUGUACAGUAUCUUAUUGCCAAACCCUGUAAAGAAUAUUAACACAAAGCCUUGAUACUUAAAGGAAAUGUUCCUUGCUGAUUGUAUGGAUUAGGGACAAAGUCCUUUUCAGUUGUUUCACGGUCAGCCAGGUUAAAAUGAUGAUCAAGAAGGUGCUUUGUUAGGAGUGCAUUAAAUUUGCUAGCUUACUUGUGUGUUUGUUUUUGGCAAAUGCGAAGAACAGAGUAAGAGAAUGGCCCUACAUACUUUUCAAGAUAUGAUUUUGCUCUCUCAUAACGUUUGUUCUACAAAACACAAAAGAUUUUUAUCUCUCAUCACUACUGGAGAUCUCACUCUGUUGGCCAAGGUGGUUUUAGAUGCUGUCAUCCAUGUAAUGGGUGAAUUACGUCCAUACAGUGAAAUCGUUUAUAUUCCUCUAUACUCUGAUGGCAGAUUUAUACCGAACUAUUGUAUGUGUUUUGUCCUGAGAUAGGCUUCUAGGUUAAUACUCUUAACGCCUAACCGAGACAAGAGUACUCGUUGUCAACUCAGCACAGGAGGAACAUCCCUGGAUCUGUUCACAUAAAACAUUAUAGUAUACAAGUCUGAAUAAUAUGCAAACAGAAAGAACAAAGGAAUCUCAGCCAUUUUGACAUGGGUUUUCCUACAUUAUUUGGAAGAGCUAUUGGUUUGUUUCCUUUUUUCUCAUUUUGUCCUACCUUUUAAGGUGGGACGAUUGAUCUGUGAUAUUUGUUCUCUGCAUUGGUUGGGGUUAAAUGCAGAUUUAUUUUAUCAGUCCUACUUUAUGGCGUUGACAUAGAUGCAGCAUAGCUAGAUUAAGGCUAAGAGGUAAAUGAUGUUAUAGGUAGCUGGCGAUCCAAAGUAUUUAUGCACUUUGCAGAGUUAGUGGGUGGGAUGGGAGCUGUUCCAGCGAUAAAAUGUGCUAAUCUCUGUCUUAAUUCUGAUGCAGCAGCAGCAGUGUCAGAGUAGUACUUGCUUCAUAGAAGCAAUUUUACCUCUGAGAAAAAAAUGUUGUAAACUUUGUUAAGACUCUGCAAUCACAUGAAUACUAUUGGCUACAAGUCAUACAUAUGGCAACAUUGUAUUUUAUCUAUAUUAUUUGAACCAUGGGGAUCAGGGUUGGGGAUGUUUUUAGCAUAUAGAGACUUGGGUUUAUUUCCAUUCUGAUUUAAAAUAAUCUACAUUCACAGUAAAUACUUAAAGGCACUUAGAAGGCCUGAUUGAUGAUCAUAUUCUGCAAAUUUAAAGCUCAGCUGGGUGGUCCUUUUUGUGCUGUCCUGCUUUCUUGUUUGCUAUCCAGCUGCUUAUUGCCUUUUUUGAAGAGCACCUGCUAAAUGCUUUUAUUUUGUCCCGUCUGGUCCAUGCUGAAUUUGUGUCAAUGAAAUUGAGUUUGAUUAUUUUACAGUUUUCAUAUAAUUUUCUACUUUGUGUGGGUGGGAGAAUAUUGUUGCUUAUGUCUAAUGUUUCGUCAAGAGUGCAGUCCUUUUUAUUCCACUGAAUGUGCUGUCAUCGACUUCACUCAGUUAAGAUUGCAAUCCAAAAUUUAGGGAAUUUUGCAAAAAUCGGUAUAGCUAGCUUUUCGUUAUCUUUUUGUGUACGGAUUUAUCACAAACACUUUUGGCCGUCAUCAGCCACAGUCUGUCAACCUCUACAGUACUUUUUAGAUGAAUGUUUACGAAGUCAAGUUUAUUUCUGUCAGCCGCUGAUGUGAUGUGCAGGUUUGACAGCUGAUCUGACCUCACCAAAAUCAGUCACUGAUUAGUUUGAUUUUGCCUGUGAUGAUUCUUUCCCUUCACCAAGAAAAAAAGGAGGAGAUGCGUACUGUCUUGCAUUAUUGUCAGUAAUGUUUUGUGAGUAAUAGGUACAAACUUCUAAAACAAUUUUGUGCCAAGACUUCACACCAAAGACUAAUAGGUAAUUUAUAACAGGAAAUUUUGACUGUAUUGCAUAAUUGACUGCUUAUUAAGAAGAAUAGGUUCUUAAUUUAAUGUAGGAUUAGUUCAUUGCUAUUUGCAAGGAAUGUACGUUUCCCAGCUUAUAACAAUCAGUUGUGUAAAAUUUGAACAAUUUGCUAAGAAGACAUUAAGCAGCAAAGUCAUAAAUAAUAUCAUAUAUUAAGCCAUACAAAAGCUGACAAUAUAAAAGUUGUGCAAUUGUAAUUGUUUAAAGCCAAUGUAAACAACAGAGAGAAUACUUCACAAAAAGUGGCAUCUUAAACUUAGUGCCUUGCCACAAGCUUUACAUGUUAGAUUCUGGCACUUAGAUUCUUGUGCCUCUUUCAUUUUUUAAAUGGAUUGAAUAGAGAGAUUAUAACAAACUAUGGCCACAUCAUUUAUGUAAAGUGGUACCAAGAAUGAAUAGAAACUAAUUCAUGUUAUUCUUGUCCAUUUUUUAGUUGUGCCCCCUGUUGUUGCUUUUUAACAUUUGAUUCAGUUUUUUUUGUCAUGGGAUGGAAAACUGAUUUUAAGGUUUAACUGAUUUUGUAGCAAUUGAUUACAAUCAAAUGAGGCAGACUUACUCCCCUGCGAGCCAUUGCCCCCAUGUUCAGAGACUAUACUGUAUCCCUCCUCUCCUCUCCUCUCCAGCCACUGAGGACAAUCUUAGCAAUGUACUGUAGUUGUAGGCAUUUUAAUGAAGGAAGGAGAUGCAUGAGAAACACAAAUCUACUUCCUCCCUGUUCUUUCGGAGCAUCUGGCAGGGGAACAGCUGUCUGGGUAUUUAGCUAAUAAUUAACUUAAUAUUUCUUGAUUUAAAAAAAAAAAAAAAAAAAGAAAAAAAAAAGAAGCUUACCCCCAUAUACUGUAGAUGAAUUGCACGUCGCUCAACCACAAAAUUGUAUAAAAUUGCCAAUGGAUAAUUUUUUAACUUGAGUUUUCUUGUAUUUGUGUCAUCGAUUGUGCACUUAUGGUUUUUUGUUGAUAUUACAUACCAAUUCCAUCCAGGAAGUCUAGUGUAGUUACCCUUAAGGGACUCAGCUAUAAUGGCCUCAAUCACUUUGGUAGGGACCUUCUCCCCUUAAAUGGUGCUUUUAGACUAGUCAGGUUUUUUUUUCUUUUUCUUAUCAAAUGAGUAAACAAGUCCAUGUCUUCAUCAUAAGCGAAUGGAGGGGAAAUUGUUUAAUGCUUUUCAUGAACUAUAGUUACUUAUGUGAUAGUACACAUCUACAGAACCAGUUGAACUUGACACACACUCGAAUUGACUCUUUGUCAACUCUUAGUUCCACACCUCUGAGAGGAACAGGAGAUGCAUUAUGGGCCACAAGUAAUCAAAAGGAAGUGUUUACAGGGAAGGCUGUCAGACUACUUUUUUGAAAUUGCAGCUCGUCCUAUUCCUUUUAUAAUAAACUCACUUCAGGUAGUUUACGAACACUGAUACAGGCUUAGAAAAAAAUCUUAAGUCUUCCAUAGCUUUUCUGUCAGUUUCUAUCCACUGUGUAUUAUGAAAACAGCAAUAACCUUUUUAAAAGCGGUGUAUUGGGAUCAUCAAGCCUAUUGAAAUAUUGGCCUGUCAUAUAUCAAACAAACUGAAUGUCAGGGAGCUGUUGAAUUGAAGUAGGACCAGGACAAUUUGAUAUUGAUUUGUUUUUAUAUAUUUUCUGAAACUUUGGACAGGUUGACUUCCUCUUCAGGAAAUAUAUAUAAAUGAAAAUGUGGUGUUGCUUGCUGGUGUUCAAAAUGCCUGUCAAAAUCCAGUGGUAGUCAGUAAACUGCAACACAAAAACUGAGCGCGUGGUUCAGUCAUCAAACUCAGUGGCACUGUUCAGAGUUUCACCUCCAGCUGUGUCAAAUAAUGAAAGGGAUUUUGGGCUAUAUAGCCACUGUUUAGGAGCGGGCUGUCUGUUGUCAUGUUGAGGUUCAGUGAUCUCCAUUGGCUCCUCAGGUGGUGAGACUGUAGUUGUAGUUGUUCAGGAACAGAGGGGAAGUCCUCAUCCUAGCUAUCGUCCCUUUUCCUUUUACAACUCCCUAAACUCUGCACUAUAAUGUCUCUGGCUCAUAUGUAUUUGGUGACAAGGCAAAAAAAAAAAACUUAGAACUCAG